GGGUGUAGUUACGGAAAGAUGGCAGCUGACACAGGCAGAUACAGGAGCGCUGUCUCCAAAAGCAAAGAUCCCUCUGGUUUGCUUAUAUCUGUAAUAAGGACACUGUCCAGCAGUGAUGACGUGCAGGACCGAGAGACGGAGAAGGGCCGCCUGGAGGAGGCCUAUGAGAAGUGUGACCGAGAUCUGGACGAGUUGAUCGUUCAGCACUACACAGAGCUCACCACAGCCAUCCGAACCUACCAGAGCAUCACUGAGAGAAUCACCAGCUCUCGCAACAAGAUCAAACAGGUCAAGGAGAACCUGUUGUCCUGUAAGAUGCUCCUCCACUGUAAGCGAGAUGAACUGAGGAAGCUGUGGAUCGAGGGUGUCGAGCACAAGCAUGUCCUGAGCCUGUUGGAUGAGAUCGAGAACAUCAAACAGGUUCCUCAGAAAUUGGAGGCGUCUAUGGGCAGCAAGCACUACCUGUACGCCACGGAUAUGCUGGUCUCAGCGGUGGAUUCUCUUGAAGGACCCCUGUUGCAGGUGGAGGGUCUCGGAGACUUGCGACUGGAGCUCCACAGCAAGAAGCUCAACAUCCACCUGGUGCUAAUCGACGAGCUCCAUCGACACCUCUACAUCAAGUCUACUAGCCGCGUGGGUCACCGCGGCAAAGACAAGGACAAGGGACGGUCCAUUUCAAAGGACACAUCUGUUUUGGAUGUCGGCGGUUUGUCCACUCCACGCAAGCUCACAGAACCCUCACAGUUCUGCACCCCGGGAACAUCCAGCAUGCAGGAAAUGAGAGAGGACCUGGAGGUGGACCCAGAGGAGAACAGCGCAGGGUUCAUGGGGAUCCUGAUCAAAGCUCUGGCCAAACUCAAGAAGAUCCCUGAGACCAUUAAAGCUAUCAUGGAUCGUCUUGAGCCUGAGCUCAAGCAGAUCCUCAAGAGAUCCACCACUCAGAUCGCUGACCACGCAUACCAGAGAGGAGAGAACCUGGCACAGGACAACCAGCCCAGGUUGUUGCUGGAACUGCUCGAGCUGUUGUUUGAUAAGUUGAAUGCAGUGGCCCAGGCUCACAGUGUGGUUCUCCGUCACCUACAGCAGAUUGUCGUCUCUUCCAAUGGAGCCCAGGAAGGGAUCAAACUCUAUGAGCAGGCGGAUGUCUAUGCCAAGAUCCAAACCGUCCUACAGGUGCUGCUAAUGGACUACCUGGACGUCAAAAACACCCGUAGCGCUGCAGAGCCUUCUGCCCAGCUGUCCUACGCCAGCACCGGCGGAGACUUCGGAGCGUUCUUCUCCAAGAAGAAACCUCAACGACCCAAACAGUCUCUAUUCAAGUUUGAGUCGUCUUCCCACGCCAUUAGCAUGAGCGCGUACCUGCGAGAGCAGCGGAGGGAACUCUACAGCAAAAGUGGGGAGCUGCAAGGUGGAGCUGAUGAUAACCUGAUUGAGGGAGGAGAGACUAAGUUCCUGUGUAAACCGGGAGCCAGAAACAUCACGGUCAUCUUUCAGCCAUUGCUUAGGUUCAUUCAGGAGAUCGAGUCCUGUAUGGGUCCUGCUCAGGCUAAGCAAUGUCAGCUACGCACCUUCCUCACCUACUACAUCAACGACCUGUUCCUCAGCCAGGUCCGCACCGAGACCAAUAAGGAGAUUGAGGCUGUGACCAAAGUGUCCGACCCGCUCAAGAUCCUGGCCAGCGCUGACACUAUGAAAAACCUGGGAGUUCAAAGACCUCUUCUACAGAGCACUGUGGUUGUGGAGAAGUCAAUUCAGGAUCUAAUGAGUCUGAUGCAGGAUCUCAGUGCGUACUCCAACCAGUUCCUGGAGAUGGUCUGUGACAAGCUCAAGGAGUACAAGGAGAUCUGCAAUUCUGCUUACAGGGGUAUUGUACAGUGCGAGGAGAAGCUGACCAUCAGUGCAUCCUGGGCUAAAGAUGAAGACAUCAGCCGUUUGCUGCAGUCUCUGCCCAACUGGGCCAGCAUGACCCAACCCAGACAGCUCAGACAGAAGAGAGAAGAGGAAGAGGACUUCACACGGGCGGCAUUUGCCAAGGAGUCUGAGGUUUUGACAGGGAAUCUGGGUGAUAAGUUAAUUCCUCAGAAUGAGAUUCUGCGGGACGUCAGUGAUCUGAAGGCUCUCGCUAACCUGCAGGAGAGCAUGGAGUGGCUCGCCACCCGCCUCAGGGGCUUCUUCAGCAACCUGCCCCGGAGCUGCAGUCUAUCCCCAGGCUCAGAUGCUCAAGUGAACACAGAGAAUGUUCGCAGCCGAGAACAGAUACUCCAGACGUUGACUGACCUCUCCAGAUCCUUCCAGGACAUCGCUGACCGCUGCUUGCUGGUGUUGCAUCUGGAGGUCAGGGUCCACUGUUUCCAUUAUCUGAUCCCUCUGGCAAAGCAAGGCAACUACGCCAUCGUGGCUAAUGCAGCCAGCAUGGACUACGACCCCCUGGUGGUGAAGCUGAAUAAAGACAUCAGUGCCAUAGAGGAAGUGAUGGGAGCCGCCCUGCAGCAGCACAAGUUUCAGUAUAUCUUUGAGGGUCUGGGUCACCUGAUCUCCUGCAUUCUGAUUAAUGGAGCUCAGUACUUCAAGCGCAUCAGUGAGUCCGGCAUCAAGAAGAUGUGCAGAAAUAUCUUUGUGCUCCAGCAGAACCUGACCAACAUCACCAUGUCACGCGAGGCUGAUCUGGAUUUCGCCAGGCAGUACUAUGAGAUGCUGUACAACACAGCGGACGAGCUGCUAAACCUGGUGGUUGAUCAAGGGGUGCGCUACACAGAGCUGGAGUACAUCAAUGCUUUGAGUCUCCUCCACCGCAGCCAGACAGGCGUGGGAGACCUGACCGUGCAGAACAUGCGGCUGCAGCGCCUCAAAGAGAUCAUAUGCGAACAGGCUGCUAUUAAACAGGCUACCAAGGAUAAGAAGAUCACUACGGUCUAGAGUCGCACGUUUAAACUUAAAUCCACCAAUGCUCUGAAAGGGACUGCCGUUCGUUACUGUCACAAGCUUUGAGUCAAUCACACUUUCAAGCAAACAUUAUAGUGGCCGUUUCAUUUC